AUGCAGAAAUCAUCUAAAGCGCUCUCUAGCGAGCAUAAAGAAUACGAUAACAGCAGCGGCAGCAUCAAUGACAAUGAAAUCAUUGUAACGACUGAAGAAGACAAUGACCACCAUACCAUAGCGGACGACAACAACUGCUCUAUCCAUCCUCCUCUACCGAGGUGGAGGUGGUAUGUGAUAUUCAUCGGCCUUCAGCUGGCUUUGUUGUCAUUUGCAUUGGAGUACUCAAUUAUAACAACGGCCAUCCCACGAAUAGCAUCUGAUUUUAACGCCAUGCUAAUCUCGUCCUGGGUGGCAAGCAGUUUCUUGGUUGCUCAGAAUGCCUUUCAACCCAUUUGGGCAAAAUUAUCUGACAUCUUUGGUCGUAAAUGUAUCUUUCUCAUUGUCCUUGGCGUAUUUACCAUAGGUUCCAUACUCUGUGGUGUUGCUCAGUCCAUGAUCAACCUUAUUAUAAUGCGUGCUCUCCAAGGCAUAGGUGCUUCCGGGAUUCUUCCGCUUGUAUACACUGUACUGGGUGACAUUGUACCAUUGGAGCGACGAGCGAAUUACCUAGGAUUCCUGGAUAUGUGUUUUUCGAUUGCAAUCAUUACUGGUCCAUUUGUCGGGGGUGCAUUGACAGAUCACGUAAGCUGGCGUGGCAUUUUCUUUGUAAACAUUCCGACUGUAGUUACGUCGAUGGUGAUUAUAGCAACCCUUUUGAAUAUACCGACCAAAAAGCAAAACUUCAAGGCAAAAAUCAUGCGUAUCGAUUAUGCUGGCAUCCUGCUUGCAAUGACUGCAACGACGUUAUUUAUGUUGUCCAUGAGUUUUGCAGCUCAAGGUUACCCGUGGGAUUCCACAAUUACCAUUGUCCCUCUUGUAUUGUCAUGUGCAUUGGUGGCUCCAUUGGCUUUUGUAGAGAGAAAAGUAGCCGUUGAACCAUUGUUCCCUGCAAGGGUGUUCAACAACCGAAGCAUCAUCUUUUUGACUAUCUAUAACGCCGGAUGGGGUAUAACAUUCAUUACAUUUAUAUACUACGUCCCCACUUAUUUUCAAGUUGUACGAGGUGAUUCUGCAAUGUCAUCAGGCAUUCGACUGAUACCUCAUGAAGUGGCCGCUUGUACAGCAGCAUUCAUUUCGACCUGGUUUAUAUCACGCACAGGGCAUUAUCGUGCAUCACUCUCUUUUGGCGUUGCUUUGAUGGCUAUUCUUAGUGGACUCUUUCUUACGUUUGAUAUUAACACCAGCUGGGCAGAGGUCAUGGGUGUUGUUGCUGUUGGUGGUCUUGGAGUGGGGUGCGUUACUCAAGCCUCCAUGAUUGCUAUUCAAGCAUCUGCCAGCAAAGAUGAUCUUGCUGUCGCAUCAAGUCUAAGGCCCUACAUGAGCAAUUUAGGUGGUGGUAUUGGUAUCGCUGUGGCGUCGAUGCUAAUCAACCGGUCCCUGAAAAGCGAUCUUCCUCAAACUAUCCCCCUUGAAUAUGUCCAACAUGUUAUUGAGCUUCCUACCUUCAUUUACGAUGGACUACCUGAGCAAUACGUAGAACCUGUGAUCCGUGCUUACAAUGAUGCUUUCAAAAAUCUCUGGUACAUGAUGACGGCAGCUGCAAUCAUACAAUUUAUAAGCGCAUUGUGCAUCAAGCAAUACUCCUUACACGGUGAAUCUGACAAGCAACAUGAAAAAGAAACCAUAGCAACGUCAAACGAGCCAUAA